AUGGGAAAAUAUGAUAUAGCUAGAAGGGCAGAAGAAGGAGAUAAAUACUAUUAUAGAGAAGAAAGAUAUGAAAAAUUAGAUAAUAAUAGUUUUACAAAUAAAUCAGAUAUUUAUAUGAAAGAAAAAGAAUCAUAUUAUAUGGGUGAAAAUAAAAAAUAUAUAUCAAGAAGUAGGGAAAAAAUGGUUGUAGGAAUGGGAAGAGAAAAUUACAAAAAUGAAAAUAUCUACAAUAGUUAUAAAAAAUCAUCACUUGAAAAUCAUUAUGGAAAGAGGAAUGAAUUGUUAAAUGCAGAUAAAAAUAGAAAUUAUUCAAAAAACAAAAGAGAUUAUCAUCAAAAAUUUUCUCGUGAUAGAUAUUAUAAAAGAUCUCCGAGGAGAAAUUUUUCGAAAGAUAGAAGAAAAAAUAUUAUUUAUGAAAGGAAUAAUGAAAAGAAAUUUAAAGAAAAAUAUAAGUAUGAAAAAGAAAAUAAUAAAUGGAAUAAUAACAAUAAUAAUGAUAAUAGAUCUGGUUUAUAUAAUAAUCAUAGAAUAAGAAAUGAAAAAAUUAAUAUGAAAAGAUAUUCACGAGAUGUUGAUAGAAAAUCAUAUGAUAAUAAUUCACAUAAAAUGAAUAUAGGAAUGAUGAGAAGAGAAAGACAAAAAAAUAUACGAAGUCACGUUUAUAAAAAACCAGAUCCAUGUAAAAUAUUUGUCGGAAAUAUUUCUACAAAUGCAAGAGAAGAAGACGUAAGAAGAAAAUUUUUACAAUAUGGAGAUAUUAUGAAUAUGCAGUGGAAGAGAAGAUUUGCAUUUAUAGAAUAUUUUAAGUCUAUUCAUGCAAAAAAUGCAAUUGAAGAAGAAAAUGGAAAAAUUUUUUUUGGUGAAGAAUUAAGUGUUCAACCUCACCAUCCACUUCCUUAUGGAAAUAAAAAUAAUGAAUCUAGAAAAUUUCCUUCAAAAUUUCAAAGAAAUUUUUCUCCUCAAAAAAAUGAAUCUAGAGAAAAAAAAAAUUCAUUAAGAAUUGUUGUAAAAAAUAUUGAUGAAAAUGCUAGUUGGCAAGAUUUAAAAGAUUUUGGUAGAGAAGUAGGAUCUGUAAAUUAUGCUAAUGUUGUUCAAGGUUAUGAUAAAGAAAAAUAUGGAAUAAUUGAAUAUUAUAAUUAUGAGACCAUGAAGAAAGCUAUUGAUAUCUUAAAUGGAAAAAAAUUUAAUGGAAAAAUUGUGGAAGUUAUGAAAUAUAAUGAAUCAUUAUUAGAUUUGAGGUAUAGAAAUAAAGAAAGAGAAUAUAACAAUGUAAAAGAAAAUCAUUUUGCAGAUAGUGAUAAAUAUUAUUAUAAAGAUAAAAUAUAUCAUGAUCAUUUAGAUGACAAAGAAAAAUACAGAAGAGACAAAUUUUAUGAUAGAGAAAAAAAUUAUGAGGGAAAUAAAUUUAAUAGGGAAAAAAAUGAUGAAUUUGAUAGAAGUGAUAAAAAUUAUAGAAAAGGAAUGAAUGAAAAGAGAAGGAGUAUCUUAUAUAAUGAAAUAAACAGAGAAAGAGAUAAAAGUCAUAGAAGCAAACAAGAAAGUAAAAAUAAUGAAAUAGAAAGAGAAGACGUAGAAAGAAGCCAAAGAAGUGAUAGAGAAUAUGGAAAAAAUGAAGAUGAAAGAGAAAGAGCAAGAAGGAGAGAAAGAGAAAUGGAAAAAGGUAGAAAGAGAGAGAGAAGAGAAAGAGAAAAACAUAACAGUGAAUCAAAAAUAGAAAGAAAUUUGAGUGUAGAUGAUAGAGAAGUAGAAAGGGAAAGGAAAAGAGAGAGAAUAGAAAGAGGAGAUAAAAGUGAAUCAAAAAAUGAAAGAAAUUUAAGUUUGGAUAGAAAUGAAAUGGAAAGAGAAGGAAAACAUGAAAAAGAAAGAUUAAAAAGUGAAGCAAAAAACGAAAGAAUCAUAAGUGAAGAUGAAAGAAGAAGAGAUAAAAGUGAAAGAAGUGAAGAAGGAAGAGAAAGAAGCGAAGAAAGGUAUGAAAGAAGGGAAAGAAGUGAAGAAAGAAGAGAGAGAAAUGAAAGAAGGGAAAGAAGUGAAGAAAGAAGAGAAAGAAGUGAAGAAAGAAGAGAAAGAAGUGAAGAAAGAAGAGAAAGAAGUGAAGAAAGAAGCGAAAGAAAUGAAAGACGGGAAAGAAGUGAAGAAAGAAGGGAAAGAAGUGAAGAAAGAAGGGAAAGAAGUGAAGAAAGAAGAGAAAGAAGUGAAGAAAGAAGAGAAAGAAGUGAAGAAAGAAGAGAAAGAAGUGAAGAAAGAAGUGAAAGAAAUGAAAGACGGGAAAGAAGUGAAGAAGGAAGAGAAAGAAGUGAAGAAAGAAGAGAAAGAAGUGAAGAAAGAAGAGAAAGAAGUGAAGAAAGAAGCGAAGAAAGAAAUGAAAGAAUUAAAAUUAGAAAAAAUAAAAGUGAAAAAAGCAGUUAUGAAAGAGGAAAAAGAAAAUACAGCAGUGAAAUAGAACAAAAAAAAAAUAAAAAAGGAAAAAAUGAUAAAGAACAAGAACAAAUGAAAAAUAUGCGUGAAGAAAAUUAUAGUGACUAUGAAGAUGCAAGUGAAAAAGGAAAAGGAAAAUAUAUAAGGGAAAAAUCAGAAGAAAAGAAAGUAAUUAUUGAAAAAAACGAAAACGAUAAAAAAAGAGAGAAAUAUAAAAAAGAAAAAUAUGAAAGACACAGCAAAAAUGAAAGAGAAGAUAGUCAAAAAAAUGAUUAUGGAAAUAGGGAAAGUUAUAAAAAUGAAGAAAGUGAAAGUAUAAGGAAUAAAAGGGUAGAUGAUCAAAAUGCAUGUAAAAAAGGAAAAGAUAGAAAUGGAAGAGAUGAUAAUUUAUGUGAAAAAGGAAAAGUUGCUACACGUAAAAAUGAUAGAGAACAAAAUAUAAGAGGUGAUGAUGAUCUUCUAUAUAAGAGUGAUAGAGAAAAGAGUAUUAAUUCAAAAUACAUAAAUGAAAAAGGAGAUAAACAUAUUAAUCAAAUUAAUAAAAAUGAUCAAGGUUAUAGAAGUAGAAGUUCUAGUAAAAAACAAAAAACUUAUAAAAAAAAUGCAAGCAGAAAAAAGGUAUCAAACAUAUCUGAAGAAUCUGGAAAAAAAAAUGAAUUAAUAGAAUGUAUUAAUGAUGAAAGUAAAAGUAGCAAGUGGUCAUCUAAGAAAAUGUGUGUAAAUAAAUAUAAUUCUACAAAUAACGAAAUAUAA